AUGUCCCACUACACCACCAAGCCCAAAUCCCGCCGCCCCCAACCCUCAACCCACCUCCCCUCCUCUUCCCACCCCCUCCCCCAUCCCGCCCACGCCAACGCGAACCCCCGCGCACUGACAGAAGACCAGCGCGGCGAGAUCCGCGAGGCCUUCGACCUGUUUGACGUGGAUAAGGAUGGGGCGAUCGAUUAUCACGAGUUCAAAGUGGCGAUGCGGGCUUUGGGAUUUGAUGUGAAGAAGGGGGAGGUUAUGAAGUUGUUGAAGGAGUUUGGGGGGGAGGAUGGAUUGAUGGAUUUUGUGGGUUUUGAGAGGAUCAGUGGGUCUCUUUCUCCUCUCCUCCCGUCUUUCUCCCCUAUUUCUUCUGAAGGAGAAGGCGCUAAACCUCCCGCAGUGACAGAAAAGAUCCUCUCCCGGAAUCCCGAACACGAACUCCGCCGCGCCUUUGAACUUUUCGACGACGACAGAAGUGGCAAGAUAUCCCUCAAAAACCUUAGGCGGGUAGCCAAGGAGCUUGGAGAGACGCUGGGGGAGGAUGAACUACAAGCAAUGAUAGACGAAUUCGACCUCGACCAAGACGGCGAGAUCAACCUAGAAGAAUUCCUCGCCAUCAUGCUCGACGGUGAAUAG